ACGUCUCUCUGUGUCGAUCCUCGCAACCAGCAUUGGGCAGUGGUCGGAACGGAAAGGGGCUUAAUGGCGCUUUACGAUCUCCGAUUUCAGCUGAAGGUUAUGGAGUUCAAGCAUUCCCACAGUGUUUUUCUUCUAGACCGUUUUGUGCAUCGCAUUUAUCCUCACCCGCAACAGUCGUCUCGAAUAUUCAGCUCGUUUUGCGGGAACGGUGAACUGUCCGAGUGGGAUAUGGAAACGGGUACCAGGCAGUGCGUAUUUUGGCCUGCUGCUACGCCUCCGCUUUCUUACCAUGAAGUGACUCACGGCGAUUUUACCUGA